AUGUCAGACCCUACCUUGGGUACGCUAGAAGGCAUGCUUGGUCUGAUGAAUGGCCUUCUACAGACCAUUCAAAGACCACAAGGUGGUCUGUUUGGCCCAGCAAAUUCACCCCGCCCUCCACCUCGUCGUAACCCGCCCAAGCCUAGACCACAUCAUAAUGAAAAUAGGGGUGAGCAGGGUAGGGGCGGGCGGGGUAGAGACGGUAAUUGGGGACAGGGUAGGAAUGAUAACUGGGCUGGUCAGAGAAGGGACGGUGGAUGGGGUGGGCAGAGUGGAAAUGCCAAUUGGGGCGGACAAAACAAUUGGCCGAACCAGCCUAGGCAAGAUAAUAACUGGCCUGCUCCAGCUAGACAAGAAAGUAAGUUUAGAACGGUAGGGUUAGAUCUAAAAGUAGGGGGGGGGGCUAAACGAAGUCCCGGGCCGGAAUAUUGGACCUGUCCGGACUCUUUACAGGACUAGAUGGGGUACUGUAGCAUGAGACUAGGGUAGGGUAACGCAUGGUAAGACUUUGGUAAGGCUGUGCAAGGUUAUGGCAAGUAGGGUAGGGUAGGGUAGGGUAGGGUAGGGUAGGGUAGGGUAGUGUAGGGUAGGGUAGAGUUAUUUAAGUACAAUUUUUUCUUAAAAACCUAUUUUAGCCAACUUCCAACCCCCACCAUCAGCUCAACCCGACCAACGCAGUUCACCUGAUAUUCAGGAUGUUGGAACGCCACAUGGUCCUCCUGGUUUUUAA